AUGCCUAAAAGACCUCAAAAUUCCAACCAUAAUACAGAAAACUCUCAAAAAGUAAAUGUUUUGACUAAUGUCCCUCAAUCAUCUUCUUCUAACGUAACUCAAAUUGUUGAAAAUGAAGCUUCAGUUGAUAUUUCCCCAAACCAAGUUCAUGUCAAUUGCUCUACAAAUAAUGAGAAUAUUUUAUUGCGUACCGCAUUAGUGCAAAUAGAAUUCAGAGGUGAACGUUUUACUGUUAGAGCACUUAUUGACCCUGGUUCUCAGAGAACAUUUAUAGCGGAAAAGGUCAGAAGUCGCCUUCAGCUCCCGUAUCAAAAAUCACAUUUUGAAAUAGUUGAUAUAGGUGGACAAAUACAAUCGGCUAGUAAAGAAUACUUGACUAAACUACUUCCAACUUGCUCCUUUGAAAUUCCUCAUUCGAAGGAAUUUGAAGAAUUAGAUCUUGCUGACCCAACAUUUAAUAAAUCUUCUCAAAUAGACAUAAUUUUAGGAAACGAUUAUGAGCAUUUCAUAAAUAUUGAUGGUAUCAAAAAGAAUAUCUGCGGAUUGACGUCUGCUUACAACACAAUUUUUGGUUGGGUACUUAGUGGUCCCAUAAAAACCCAAACAAUUCAAUCAUUUACGACCUCAGUUGUCAUUUCAAAAACUUCCGACCUCAAUGCUCUCUUGAAAAAGUUUUGGGAAGAAGAGGAAAUACCCUCAAGUCGACCACAAUUACCCGAAGACGAAAUUUGUGAAAAUCUAUAUGCUCAAACAACAACACGUGAUGAGUCUGGUAGAUAUAUGGUAAGACUACCAUUCAAAAAAGAGUUUCCAGAAAAAAUAUUUCUUGGAUCAUCUCGAUUUGUAGCCCUAGCUCAGUAUUCGAGAAUGGAAAAAACUCUGUCUAAAGACCCUCAACUUCAGUGUCAGUACAAUGCUGUUCUAAACGAAUAUUUAGCUCUUAAUCACAUGGAAGAAACAUCUUCCUACGAAGUAAUAUCUCAGGGUAAAUACGGCUUAUAUUACUUACCUCACCACGCUGUGGUGAGACCCGAACACAAAACCACAAAAGUUAGAGUUGUUUUUAAUGCCUCGAGAAAAACGAAGUCUCAGUAUUCCCUUAAUGACGUUCUCUAUACCGGACCCACUCUUCAGAAUGAUUUAAUAACUAUUAUUCUCAAUUGGAGAAAAUAUAAAUACGUUUUCAGUGGCGAUAUACAAAAGAUGUAUCGCCAAAUCUUAGUACAUCCUGACGACAGGCCCUUUCAAAGAAUUCUAUUCCAAAAUAAACCCGAAAGCCCAGUGAAAGACUACCAACUCAAAACCGUAACGUUCGGUGUAAAUUGUGCACCAUACCUUGCAAUACGUACGCUUCUUCAGCUCGCUUCAGAUUCCGAACCCAAGUUCCCAAAAGCAGCAUCAGUUCUAAGAACAGAAGCAUAUGUCGAUGAUAUUCUUUCUGGUGGUUAUUCAGUGGAAGAAACAAUAUCGGCUCAAAAAGAAAUCAUAAAUGUCCUUAAAUCCGCUGGAUUACCACUUAAAAAGAUUACCGCUAACGAUCCUAAGUUGCUUUCUGACAUUCCGAAGGAAGAUCUGUACGAUGUAGAUUUUCUGCGCUUUCAAGAAUCGAGUUCUACCAAAACUCUUGGUAUAAAGUGGAAUGCAAUCUUAGAUACAUUCACUUAUAGUUUUUCCCAAAUUGAACAACCAAAAAAGAUAACUAAACGUCAAAUCCUUUCGUCAGUUGCGAAAUUAUUUGAUCCCGCUGGAUGGCUUUCACCUAUUAUUAUUAAAGCAAAAAUACUCAUGCAGCAGUUAUGGUUAGAAGGUUUAGAAUGGGAUGAUGACAUUUCCGAAGAAUCUCUCAAAAAAUGGAAUGAACUCGUUUCCGAUCUCGCUAAAAUAGAAUCAAUAUCCAUUCCCCGCUGGCUUCAAUAUAUGCCUUCAGACACAGUUCAAAUUCAUGGCUUCUGUGAUGCUUCUAAGGUAGCCUACUGCGCUACAGUAUAUAUCAGAUGUCAAACCAAAACACACAACAAUCGUUCAAAUCUGUUACUAGCGAAAAGUAAAGUAGCCCCUAUUCAAACUGUUUGCCUCCCACGUUUAGAACUCAAUGGCGCAGUAUUAUUAGCAAACUUAGUCAAAUAUGUUCAAACUUAUCUAAAUUUCUCGGACACAGAGGUUUUCUUGUGGACAGAUUCUUCAAUAGUUCUUAGUUGGCUCUCUAAAACUCCUUCAUCAUGGGAAACUUAUGUGGCAAAUCGAAUUGCUCAAAUUCAUCGUCUUGUUCCGAAGGCAAAUUGGCGACUUGUACCCACUCAUCACAAUCCGGCAGACCUCGGAACACGCGGUUGUAAAUCUCACGAACUUGUGAAUCAUACCCAGUGGUGGCACGGACCAUCAUGGUUACAUCAACCCGUUUCUGAGUGGCCAACUCGAAAUCCCUUGAAAACUGCUGAAAAAUCUUCUCAAAUUCAGACUUUACUAACAGCAGUUCAAGAAGAAGAUAUUCUCAAUAGAUUCUCAUCUUACAUAAAGUCUGAAUUUGAGAAGAUUUUUCAGCAGUUUUCAAGGGAUUUCGAGUUGGCCACUCAGAAACGGGUUUAUGUAACCAUGAUGGUCCGUGCCACCACUGGGUAUGAUUCACAAGUUCGUGAGAUUUACAACCGCGUGUUCCGAGGUCUGCCGGUUUGUGAUGAGUGGGUACAUGUCGCCAAUUUGCCUUCGGAACAAGACGAUGAAUUUGAGCAAUUCGAUUUGCCACAUAAGUUUCCCAUGAUGAAGGAGUUUUAG